AUGACGCUUUUUUUGGGUGGACAAAAAGCACAGAUCAGUCUGAUCCUCCGUGAGCACGCAUUAUCGCCGUCCGAUCUUGCACAUCAUUCCGUCGCAUUCCUUUUGCUCUCGCUACGCAGAGACAAGAAACCACCGAUGCGCCUUUCUGUCGUCCUCCUCUUUAGUGCAUUCGAGCAGCUCGCCACUUCGAAUGGUCAGCAGCGACUGCACCCGAUUGCUUCGAACUCGUCAGAGUCGAACCGUAGCUCUUCGACUGACCCGGACGAAGCGCAGUCGGGCCAACACUUCAAGGAUAGCGAUUCCGGGAAUGAGGUUAAUAGAGAAGAUGAGAGGCUUGGUUCCUGGUUUGAUACCGUCCUGCACUCAGUGCAGCUGGAAUGGACCAAGGGAAACCUGAAAAGAUGGGUCCGCCAAGAGUAA